CAGGCACUCGACCGACGCGCUAAAAGCUAGCCAGUUGCCCGGGGGCCGGGGCCAGAUGUCUGCGUUGUUCUCACCCUGACAUUCGCGGGAUCGACUGUUUCAUGUCCAUCUCUUAAAUCCGCCAUUUUUGUUACCUUCCGUCUUCCCCCUCUUCUUAUUUCAAUUUAAAACCUUUUUUUUAGAUCUCUUUUCUCUUUUUGCCCCUCUUUACGAGUUGCCUCUUCUUCGGCGUGGAUGCAGCUCCUUCUCGUGACGUGCAUUUUAAUCUGACGCUUUCCUCAUUCGCUUUGCUUUAGAGCCCUACCACCCGGUCCCCAUUUAGCUUUUUUUUUUUUUUUUCCUCUUAUACAUCUAGCUAAUUCCCUAAGGUGCUUCGAGAAGCCCAAUGGUGGUUUUGCUAAUUGAACUUUGUCUACGGCCUUCGUGGAUUCUUCAUAGGAUUUCAUAUCUCCAAGAUGCCAUAUAAGGGUUCGGUCGCUGUUUGAUGUGCAUUCUGUUUGUGUAAAUAUUUUCCACUGCUUAUCAUCAGCUUUAAAUGACUUCAAAUUAUGAUACAACGCCGGUGAGAUUGCUCGGUCAUGGUAGCGCCAGUUGUUUUGCAGAUCAGUGACCCAUAUCUUUGGCACUUCCUGUUCUACAUGCUUGAAAGAGAAAAAUGAUAGCACUUUUGAAGCUUUGGUAUUUCUUCAAUGGUGGAAAGCGUUGUGUGUGAUGCUUAGUAAUGCUAUGUGGAUAGUCUUAAAAGUUUAACGUAUGGUAUAGAUACACAAAAAUGGGUUCUGCAGGUGCUGUGUCUGAAAUUGAUGAAGAGGUACAGGAACAGGUUUAUCAUUUGAGCAAAUGCAACAAAUAUAUUAGUAAGUUGAAAGAAGACGAGUCUGAUGAGAGUUUUCUUCGACUCCCUGGGAAUGAUCUUACUAGGCGGUCUGCCGGGGCUUUGGGCCCUUCUCGCCAGAAAGCCGUGGAUUUGCUUAAAAAAUGUACUUUAAAGAAAGGAGUUGCGAUCCCUCAUGUGUACAGAGAAGAAAUUUCUGAAGCACUAACUUUGAAACAAGCUUUGAGAAGGUUAUGCAUAUCUCAUGCUGCAGAAAUGGCAGCUAUUAAGAGGUUGUCAUUGCCACAUAAAUCUUCCAGUGCCUGUGAUGUUGAAACUAUUAAAAAGUUGUAUGCUUCUGUUGUGCUCCAUGCCAAGGAGACUGUUCCUUCUGCAGAAGUGAGACAAAAUGUGAUGGAACCACCUGUAGUUCCUGAUAGAAAUGAUAGUUAUCCUUCAGAGAAUAUGAGCAAUGUAUGUUCUGCUCAAAAUGUAGAACCAUCUCACUGUUCUGCAACUUCAAUUAUAGGUAAGGAGCUGACAGAAUCUGCAGAAAGUUCUUCGGGCGUAGAAGUGAUUAGAAUAAAAGGAAAGGUUUUGCCCAAAACAUUCACAUUUGAUUAUCAAGUUAAUGCUGAGUUAAGCAAGGUGAUCAGCAUGGGAUCGCGACUGAAAAAACCGGUGUUGAAGAGAAAAUGUUUCAAUAGAAGGAAUUCAAAGCAGGCACAUGAUGGAAAAUGUCGUUUUGUAAAAUCCAAUGAAACCAAAAUAUCUUGUUCUUCCCCUGGUAAAAUCAAGAUGAGUUACCUAAAAGAUUCUGUUUCUCCUUCAUGUAGUAAUACAAAUUCUGAUGUGCCCAUCAAAACCACAGAAAAUAACAAAGGUGAGGACAAACUGGAUGCUGACAAAGCUAGCUGCAAUAAUGAUAAACCAAAUGGUUUAAAAGUAAUUGAAACUUGUAGAUCAAGGGAAAAGGGUGAGUGCUCCCAGAGUUCAAAAAGUAGCAUUGGAGAUUACAGCAGCAGCACUACCAUAAGUGAUGACAGACAUCACAUUAUCACAGAUAGAAAUGGCAGUAGGCCCCAUAUGUCCAAGGACGUGAAAUGGAUCGCAGUCUGCAAUGCUGCGCAGAAACACGUGGGUUUAGAUUUAAAGAACUUUUUUUUACACAAGAAGCUUGGCUGUGGAGAUAUUGGAACUGUUUAUCUCGCUCAGUUAAGAGGUUCUGAUUGCUUAUACGCCCUGAAAGUUGUGGAUACUGAGUUUCUUGUUAGUAGAAAGAAGCUUUUGAGAGCACAAACAGAAAGAGAGAUACUUCAAAUGCUUGAUCAUCCAUUUCUUCCAACCUUAUAUGCCCAUUUCACCUCUGAUAAUCUUUCUUGUCUAGUCAUGGAAUAUUGUCCUGGUGGUGAUCUUCAUGUUCUUCGACAGAAACAAGUAGGCAGGUUCUUUUCUGAGCCAGCUGCUAGGUUUUAUGUUGCUGAGGUUCUUCUUGCUUUGGAAUAUCUACAUUUGCUAGGUGUUAUCUACCGAGAUCUCAAACCAGAAAACGUCCUGAUUCGGGAAGAUGGCCACAUUAUGCUCACUGAUUUUGACCUCUCUCUUAGGUGCACAGUCAAUCCAACUCUCUUCAGGUCCUCAUCAUUGAGCAAACCAGAGACCGUAAAGCGGCGAUCGGUACCUUGUGCUGAAGCCAACUGCUUGGACCCUCUCUGCCUACAGCCAUCUUGGGCUCCCGUUGCCUGCUUCAGGGCUCAUUUAUCAUCCACCAUGCCAAGUAACAGGAAGCUUAAAUCAGAUUUGGCUGGACAAGUUUUCCCACUUCCACAACUUGUCUUUGAGCCCACUGAUGCCCGUUCAAACUCUUUUGUUGGAACCCAUGAGUACUUGGCACCAGAGAUAAUCAAGGGCAAAGGACAUGGCAGCUCUGUGGAUUGGUGGACCUAUGGGAUCUUUUUGUAUGAGUUACUGUUCAGUAAGACACCUUUUAAGGGCUCUAGUAAUGAAGAGACCUUGACCAAUGCAGUCAUCCAAACCGUUAAGUUCCCUGAUUCUCCCUCUGUUAGCUUUCAUGCCAAAGAUUUAAUUAGAGCUCUUCUUGUAAAAGAACCUGAUAGCAGGCUUGGUUCUGCCAGAGGGGCUACUGAAAUCAAGCAACAUCCAUUCUUUGAAGGUAUUAACUGGGCCUUAAUCCGUUGCUCCGAACCGCCUGAGACGUCGAGAAGCCACGAAGCGAGAGCUCCGGCGGUUUCGAGCACCAGCGGGGAGAGAAAAUGUUUGGAUUUCAGGCACACUGCAGAUCAUUCGGAGUAUGAAACUUUCUAAAAGUUCUUUUUUUCUUUCUUUGAAGAGGGGUUGAAUUUGUUUUCAUAACAGUUUGAUGUUGCAACUUGUGGAAUUUCUCUGUAGAUAUGUUCAGCAAGCUUCUGCUCCUUGGUAAUGAUAUAUUGUGGUUUCAGUGAACAAAUACCAGCCAGCUUUUGUUCAAGAAGUAUUGGCUUUGUAAACAAAUUGUUCUGCUAUAGUUGAGAAUUGAGACAUUGUGAUAAUUUUCCUUUCUAAUAGAAAGAGGUGUAGUAAUAUUUAGAUGGGGCUCA